CGGCGCAAGGGCCGGGGUGCAGCAGCCUCGGCUGGCCGGGGGGGAGUCGGGUGCGAGGGCUUGGUGGCGCCAGUCCGGGUGGUGGACGGCGACCGGAGGUGGCCCGAUCCUGGUGACCUCCCUAGCUCCCAGGAAAGGCCCAAAGGCAGCCCCUCCUCCCGUGCACUGGCGCCUUCAGGGUGACCGAGGUCGCCACCGCCAGGGGUCGGGCUGUGGGGUGGGGCGUGUGGGGGCGGUGUCCUGCAGAGCUGCCUUUUCUCACGUUUGCAGCGGCGAAACUUCUCCACGGUUCUAGCACUGGGGUAGUAGCCCCGCAAGGACUGCCCGGGCAGCGGGUAGGGGAGGAGCGCACAGAACAUCCCAGGGUGAUGUGAGCAGAGCCCAGGAAUGCCUUAUGUGGAUCGGCAGAACCGAAUCUGUGGGUUUUUGGAUAUCGAGGACAAUGAGAACAGUGGCAAGUUCCUUCGGAGAUACUUUAUCCUGGACACCCAGGCCAACUGCCUCCUCUGGUACAUGGACAAUCCCCAGAACCUGGCCGUUGGGGCAGGAGCUGUCGGAUCUCUGCAGCUGACUUACAUCUCGAAGGUGAGCAUUGCUACCCCAAAGCAGAAACCCAAAACUCCAUUCUGCUUCGUUAUCAAUGCCCUGUCUCAGAGAUAUUUUCUUCAAGCUAAUGACCAGAAAGAUCUGAAAGACUGGGUUGAAGCCUUGAACCAAGCCAGCAAGAUCACUGUACCUAAGGCUGGGACCCUCCCCUUGGCCACUGAAGUUCUCAGAAGCCUAACAGCUCCUCCCACCCUAGAGAAGAAGCCGCAGGUGGCCUACAAGACUGAGAUCAUUGGAGGCGUGGUGGUGCAAACACCCAUCAGUCAGAACGGUGGGGAUGGGCAGGAAGGGAGUGAGCCAGGCUCUCACGCCUUCCUGCGAAGGUCUCAGAGCUACAUCCCCACAUCAGGCUGCCGUCCUUCCACCGGGCCGCCCCUCAUUAAGAGUGGCUACUGUGUGAAGCAAGGGAACGUGCGGAAGAGUUGGAAACGGCGAUUCUUUGCCCUGGACGACUUUACCAUCUGCUACUUCAAGUGUGAGCAGGACAGAGAGCCUCUGCGCACUAUACUGCUCAAGGAUGUUCUUAAGACUCACGAAUGUCUCGUCAAGUCUGGCGAUCUCUUAAUGAGGGACAACCUGUUUGAAAUCAUAACCAACUCCAGGACAUUCUACGUACAGGCGGACAGCCCUGAAGACAUGCACAGCUGGAUUCAGGAGAUUGGAGCAGCUGUCCAGGCCCUCAAGUGCCACCCCAGAGAGCCAUCCUUUUCUAGAUCCAUUUCUUUGACGCGACCUGGAGGUUCCAGCCUCGCGAGCGGGCCUAACUCCAUCUUGAGGAGGCGGCCAGCAGUGGAGGAAAAAAGGGCUCUCUGUAAGGCCCCUUCAGUGGCCUCCUCCUGGCAACCCUGGACACCGGUCCCCCAGGCUGGGGAAAAGCUGUUGUCAGCUGAGAAUGCUCCGGACGACUCUUUAUUCAUGCCUCACCCUGGGGAGAGCAACGUCACCGGGGUGCUGGCUAGUUCUCGAGUCAGGCACAGGUCGGAGCCCCAGCACCCCAAGGAGAAGCCGUUUGUGUUCAGCCUUGACGACGAAAACAUACGGACCUCGGAUGUGUGACAAGCAGUGCCAUCGUGUGCAGGAGACAGCGCUGUGACUCAUUUUCUCGGCCAUGGUGGAGGACAGAGGCUAAUGGCACUCACAGUGGAGGGGCCCAUCCAGACGGCUUUUGUUUUUGUUAUUGUCGACACAGUGUAUUUAAUUGGAGGAAGUCACUAGGUUAGACCCACAGGCAUACUCCGUUGCCUCUUGAAUGUCCCUCUCCCCCAGGUUUUCUAGUGAGGGGUUAGUUUUAAUACUUCCUGUCGGGGGGGGGGGGGUAGUUGGAGUCUAGUUUCACCCCUAACCAAGUUCCCUUCCACCUUGUAUUUCUUUUAUCUUCUUGGUUUUGUGUCCGGUCUAUAUACAGGAUCCCAGGCUAAGCGCUGGAUUCGUCCACUUGUUUUUUGGCUGAAGUGUGGGGAUCAGGCAAAUGGUUACCAUCAGAACUGAAAGGCAUCAGGUGCGGGAGACUCAGCUUACAGCUUGAUUGGGAUCCAUAUGAGAGGUGGCCUUAGAAUCUGGGAGUGAAGGGUGAACUCCGGAAUGUCUUCCCAGGCAGUUCCCUCAGGACACCUCCCAGGGGAGGAGAGGGGACCUCUUAUGAGUCAUGAGGGCUAAUUAAACUGCCAUAGCCACUUGGGGGAAUUAUGCUGUCCUCUUGAUUCCCUGUGACCCCAAAUGCUCUAGAUCUGGGUGACAGAGCCACCACCAGUCUGUUUUCUAUGUCAGGCCCUGAGGAUAGGGUUAUUAGUGUUAAAAUACUGGGACCACGAAGACCAGAACAGACACUUCCCUUGAAACCAUGUUCUUUGAGUAUGUGUGAUGGUUAAGUGUAGAGCGAUUCUCUCUCUCUCUCCCUCUCUCUCUCUCUCUCUCUCUCUCUCUCUCUCUCUCCCUCUCUCUCUCUCUCUCUCUCUCUCUUUUCUGUGUGUGUGUGUGUGUGUGUGUGUGUGUGUGUGUGUGUGUGUGUGUGUGUGUAUACAAUCUCUAUCUCAGAGGCUUAAUGUAAAGCAGCUACUAAGAGGAGAUGGAUGAUUGUUAAUUUCAGGAAGCAUCUUUGGUUCAUGUUUUCCAGACAGGAGAAUGGUUCUGCUCUGGGACAGCGAAUCUUGCAUCCCUGUCUCACAGCUCUUUCAGAAUGAGUCGACAUUUGUCUCACGUUAAGUGCUUGUAUAUUGUGCACCCUGCUGAUGGACUUGCUUUUUAUGCUUUAAGUUGCCUGUUAAAUGAAGCCAUGCAUACAGUGAGCGGAAUCCCAGCAUCUGAUAAGAUCCUCUGUACUCACCAAUGGAGAAACAGCAAAGAUGAAUUUUUUCAAUAGUUAUAUUUUUAUGGAAUAGAAACUGGGAAUAAAGAAACUGAACCAGUGGAUGAAUUGUUGGCUAGGAUUUGCUGGGUUCUAGAAGAGUUUGGAAGAUUGGAUUUCUACCCAAAAUUUAGGGUGUGGCUUUCCCAUUGUCCAAGAUACUAUUUCCAUUGCCUUUGGGGGCAUUUGUCUAUCAGCCUUCAGUGAACUGUGUUCCCAGAGACUUUGGGCUGUUUCCACAAGGAGAGAGGAUGUGGCUCAUUCCUGUCUGUGUAACAUUUAUCAGAUGUAUAAGUUAGGUGUAUAUUUUAGUUAGGAAUUUGUAGCUCUAAGAAGAGAGUAGGAGGCAUUUUUAUUUAAGCCAAUCUUUGUGUCCAUGGUUAAUGCAAAAGAAAAACAGGCAUAAAUCUCCGUAAGUGUGAAAGGAAGUGUUUUCUUUCUAAUGUGGACCCUGAAGCCAGUGCCACACUGAAGACCCCUGAGCUCAGUUGUGGGAGUUGUCCCCCACUUUAACUUUGGCCUUAUUUUAUUCCUGGUCUAAAAAACAAAAACCACUGGAUCGCUUUCUCUUUUUCUGUUUUCCAUCUUUCCCCUCCCCACUUUAUUAUUAUUUUUUAAAAAAAACUUUUGUGUAUUUUGGUUUUCAUAAACUCUUGCUUUGGGGAUUAUUUAUUUAUGAGUGCUCAAGGUUACAACUUACUUCAAACGCCAGGCCAAAUUCUUAAAGUCCUUUGUCUCUGGUUUCAACUUAAAAUCUUUCUCUAGAAAAUUCUUUGGCUGCUCAACAGAAUUGCUCAGUCUGAGAUGAGGAACUAUUGAAAAUAAGCUAGGAACUCCAGAACGGGCUUUGCACAUUCCCUGACUCAUCGAGAUGAUGUCAUCUUCUGGUGUUUAAAUUGCAAAAUAUGUCUGUCUUGCUCCUACAAACUGUUUGCUAGGUUAUUACUGCUGCAUUAACUGGUCAUUAUAGAAAGCUGAUAGGUUUCAUUAAGUAUUUUGAGACUGCUGUGAGAUUAAACCCAAUGCAGUUUACAUUAUGUAAAUAAAGGAAAAGUACAGAGUUUCAUUGACUCUAACUGGCCAACACGUGGGAAUUCCAAAUUAGAACAUUGCUAUAUAGUUUUGGUGUUGGGAAAAUAUAAUUACCUUUGUGAAACCCAGAAACAUUCAACUCUCAAUUCUUAUUUCAGAAUUCUCUUUCUGUCUGGAUUUCUGACCAGUUUUAUACUAAUCCCCCCACCCCCCCUCCGCUUUUGAAUUUGUUUUUGCUGGAGUUUUGCUAUGUAGUCCAGGCUGGCUUUGAACUGGUAAUCCUUCUGCCUCCAACCCACCUCUGAGUGCUUGGAUUACAAGCAUGUACCACCAUAUCCAGCCUAUCACAGUAUUUUAAUGUGAGCCAAAGAUGGUGCAUACACUUUGUUUUCAGUGUAUAAAAUAGAACGCUGUGGGGGUAACAGAGUGUGAUGCAGUGUGGGUUUGUAGUUAAGCAAAUGUUGUGGAUAAAUCAGAAGGGAUUUCUGAAUUAUAAAAGGUACUACUUUUUUGGGGGAGGGGGGGGGGACAAAGCAGUCUCGUGGGUUGGGUCCCUCUACAAGGCUUCUGAGGAAGUGUUCUCGGCACCUGAAAGACUCAUCAUCCAUCCAUUAGCCUCGGGAGGUUUGAUGGACCCGCUUACCAAGGUCAGGUGAUGGCAAAAAUUCUGUGCCUUUCUCAUUCUGUGAACCCUGAUGAGGAUAUGGAAGACCACAGCCAGAGAGGGACCUCAGGACAAGGCAGUGGGAUGACACCCCUACCCCCAAGUAGAAUGCUGAGCUCCCGGGGAAGAUUUAAGGUCCAGCUAGCAUCUUAGUUUACUGGAAUAAAACUGGUUUUGUUUCCUCCUUUUUAGAAUAUAAAUGUGUUUUCUUCGGGACUAAAAUAACUCUGAAUAACAGUUCAGUUGUUGAGCGGCGAAUUUGAUGUUUUCAGUGUUAACCAAAUAAACAGUCAUCCGGUAGCCAAUGGCAGCA